AAUCCAGCUAAGCUGUUAGAGCAGAUAUAUAAAUAUAUUUUUAUAAACAUAUAUAUAUAAAUAUAUUCAUACAUAUCAGAUUUUAAAUGACUGUUUUCUUGAACAUGAAUUACUAAUAUAAUUGUAAAAUGGCGGAAAAAUUAAACACAUUUUUAGCAGUAUUUAUAAUAACUAUUAUCACGCCAAUCGUCUUUUCUGGGGAAAAUGUUAAAAAUUACGUCGUGUGUGAAGAGAACGAAGUUUGUGAACUAACUCACAAGUGGAAAAAUAAUCAAACAGUAAAUACAGCGAUCAUAUGGUACAAAGACAAUGAUGUUGUUAGUAGCUGCGACACGAAUGGGGAUUGUAUUAUAUAUCCUCAAUACACGGACUGGAUUAUUUCUGAUUACCAUCUAAAUGGCAACUCGUGUGAAAGCACAUUAAAAUGUGUAUCUCAUGCUAGACAAACAGAUGGAGCUAGUUGGCGUUUGGAGGCAAAGUAUUUAAAAAAUCAAACAUCAUUAUGGAGUUGGAAAUCUACAGUCUACAGAAAAAUAGAUAGAUACACUUGUUACAUAGAAGUCACGGACAAAAUGUCAUUGGUGUUAACGUGUCAAGUACUCAUGUCAUACCCAGAGUCUAUGUGUAAUUUUACAGAUUUACUAUCAAAGGUUCCUUUAAACAAAACUGUCGUCUACAAUCAAAUUCCAGUUCCUGGGGAUACUCUCCACAAGACAUCUUAUUGUUCAAUACCGUUGUCAGUUCCUCAAUCUUUGUCAACCUAUAGCUUCAGGGUGACUUUCUAUCCGAAUUUGACAGACUCUUCUGUUAAAUCUCAAAAUGUUGUUGGUUACAAUGUUAAAUUUCAAAUAGAGCCACCAAAUGUAGCAUUCAGUUGCAAUACAAUUUUCAAUGAGGGUGACAAAAUAGAAUGCAGCUGUAGAAAGUCUGAUGCUAGCAAUUUGACUACACACGUUAGUUGGUAUAGUCAUUACAGUCUGGACAGUUUGGUUGAUGGAGAAAAUGAAGCAGUCCUUGAAAUAAAAUCUCAGAAAAAUAUGACCGGAUUCAUAUGUAUUGGUUCAAACGCACUUGCUUGGAAAAGUCAGGAAGUCUUCUAUAAUAUUUCUAUCCGCGAGAAAAUCAACCCAAAAACGUUUAGGUGUCCAGAUCCAAGACAACAUAUCUGCGGUCGUCAUGGGUUAUGCUACUUUAGUCAUGAAUAUUGCACAAAAAAUAAAGAAGUCGAAUCGUGUUUCCCUUCUAACAUCGAUACUAGUAAUCUGCUACAAUGGUGUCGCACAACAGGCCUGACUAAUAUCUCAGCAAUGAGAGAUAUUCAAUGUGGACAUGCUUGUGUCUCACGCUUCAGUUUUGAUGAGCUUUACGGAAAAGAACAUUUAGAAACAUCAGAUGAUCAGCUUCAUCAAGACAAACUGUUAAUCGCGCUCUUGUUUAUAACUUUUGGCGUGACAGUAAUUGUUGUAUUUACAACUUUCCUAAUCAGGAAAAAAAUAAAGAGAAUAAUAACGGAGAUUAUUCCAAAGAAAUCCUCAACAAAAGAUCAUCACUGUAAGACAUCAGCAUUAGAUCUUAAAACUAAUAGAUCCAUAAGCGAAAUUUCAAAAGACCCUGAUUAUAUAAAUGUGACUAUGAGGACAAUUUUUGAUAAAGAAUGUAGUAAACAAAAUCUGAGCAUGGACUAUGAUAAGGACAAUUGUGAAACUGUAAGCAUGUAUACAACGGCGUCUGAAUCAGCAG